AGUGUUGAAAUAAAUCAAUAUAAUUAAUUAUUACUAAGCCAACGUCAGCGCUUUUUAGAAAUACCAGCGAAAAAAACAAAGUCUAUAUAAACUAAAGAUAUAGGCUCCUUUUUCAGUUGCACUUCCAGAAGUCUCUCCAGUGCAAGAGCUAAACCUCAAGUUCAGAAGAAAAACUUAAACAUGGCUCUAGGAUUGGUUUCUUUCCUUUUGUUUGGAACUUUCAUCAGCCAUGUAGCCUCAGAUAUUAAUGUUACAUUGGAUAUUUCGAAAAUAUUAUUUCAACAAGCUCUCUUGAAUAAGCUCUACUACGCUUCUAAGGAUACAGUAGCAAACUUUGACAAAGCUAAAGAGUUCUGUACCACCAAUGGAGGAGGCUACCCGGCAGAGAUUGAUAGUGUCGAGGAAAUGGGGGUUUUGGAAAAUUUGGUGAAAAAUGUGACUGACCUGAGAGUCUUCGUUGCAGGCUCCGACGCCAAAAGUCAACUCACUUGGGUCUUUCAGAGAACACAAGUUAAGAUGAGUGUUUUUGAUUGGAUCCCUGGCGAACCAAACGACACAAGUGGAAACGAAGAUUGCAUUGAACUCAAGUCACCGCUUCACUUCCGGGGCAGAAUGAAUGAUAUUUCAUGUAACACUGCACUUAGAGUCCUGUGUGAGAGAGAUUUGUUUUAGACAACGAAAGUGUAAACUUUAACAGAUCUGAAACUAUCGAUAGAAAUAAAAGUGUACUCGAAUGUCAAUAACA